AUGGGAAGAUUUGAAACACCGGCUAUUUCAAACCCAGUCUGUCCUCCCCCGUUAACGUCUGCGUCGAGUUCCACUCAAAGUUCUUUUAACUGGACUCCAGUUCCUGCACAUUCACGUUGUUCACCAACAGACGUCGUUCCUCUUUCAAGUGAUUUGCCGCUUAAUGGUAGUAAAGAGAAUACAUCAAUAUCGACAGACAUACAGAAGAAUGCCUCUUCAGCUGAUGGAACACGAUUUCCUGAUAUUAAUGAUUUACUAGAUCUCUAA